UCCACACAUUGAAUAAUUCGUAUGAGCCAGUUCGUUGAGUUGAGGCGACGAGAAUCUAGUUUUUUAAUUAAAUUUUAGUUUUUAUUUAUAUUUUUGUGUAAUUCACAUUCACAUGUGAACUUAAAAUAAUAUUCCAUUUAGUUGCUGCUGAGUUGAUAUGUGGGAAUUCGUUUAACAUAUUUUACUCAAUUCCAUUAACCCCCUAUGGCCAGUGAUUUCGAGAUUUUAGAUUUAGAAGUACCAUCAAUUAAUCAAGAAAUACUCCCACAAUAUCCCCAGAAUAUACAACGCUUCAAUGUCAACGAAAUAAGUUACAAUGAUUUCUAUUGGCUGUUUAUGGAACGUAAUGUCCCAGUUGUGUUGGAACAGGUGUCCACACACUGGGAAUGUCGCAAUUGGGUAAAAUCAGAAACUGCAGCUGAUUCGUUUGAUACCUCUACUACCAACAAGACUAGCAUUAACUAUGACUACCUCAAGGAAAGAAUUGACAACACUCUGGUGCCAGUGGCCAAUUGUGGCGUGGAAUAUUUUAAUAGCCAUGCCAAGAGUGAAAUGUUGUUUUAUGAUUUCUUAAAGUAUUGGCAAAAUGAACAGGGAAACGAACACGAGACCAAUCCCACUGAAUUAAGCAACAGGAAAGAAAAUUCCACCGACCUAUUGUACCUAAAAGACUGGCAUUUGAAGGCUCAGAAUCCCAACUAUGACUUCUAUAAAGUUCCUAAACAUUUUGCCUCCGAUUGGCUGAAUGAACAUUUAUUGGCCACAAACAGUGAUGAUUAUCGUUUUGUCUAUAUGGGACCAAAGGGCACAUGGACACCAUUUCAUUCGGAUGUUUUUGGAUCAUUUAGUUGGUCGACAAACAUAAUUGGCAUCAAGAAGUGGCUACUUUUACCACCGGGUGAAGAGUUAAAACUGAACGACCGUUUGGGCAAUUUACCUUUUUGUAUCGACGAACAGCUAUUGGAGGAACAUAAUGUCCAUUUUUAUACAUUACUGCAAAAAGAGAAUGAAUCAUUGUUUGUACCCAGUGGCUGGUAUCAUCAAGUAUCCAAUGUCACCGAUACCAUAUCUGUUAAUCACAACUGGUUCAAUGCCUGUAAUUUAGAACGUAUUUGGAACAAUCUCUCGCAACAGAUGCAACGUGUUAUGGCCGAAAUAGAUGACUGCCGUCAAAUGGAUAACUUCAAUGACCACUGUCAGACAAUGUUACGUGCAAGUUUUGGGAUAAACUACCUCGAUUUUAUACAACUAUUACAAUCAAUAACCGAAAGACGUUUGAUAGCUAGAAAUAAUAACACUGCCUCAGAUUUAACUGACAACCACCAUCAACAAAAAACCACAACAACAAGACCAUUAUCAUCUAUGUCGUCGACAUCAUCACCGACACUGUCUUCCAAAUUGAUAUUUUUCGAUCAUUAUAUACCCAAUGAUUAUCAUAUGCAGCAUGAUUUGCAACGCAUUGUACAGGUGGUUGAUUCAAUGCUUCAAGAUCCGGUUAUUUGUGAUGAUCGCAUAGUUUUAUAUCGUAAAUGUAUACAAUUAAAGGAAACACUUACUUCAUCGUUUAUACCAUCAUUAUUGUCAUGAACAUUAUAUUACAUAUAGAGACAUAAUAUAUUUAUAUAACGAUUGUAUAUAUAAUUUUUAUUUUUUCAAAGAAUACCAAAUAGAUUUUUAAAUAAAGACCAAUGUGAAGAAAA